CAUCAAGGGGAGGUAAUUGAAAAAAUGAACGAACAAGGAAGUCGUUAUAAAUUAUAAUACUACAUUGUCAAGAGUAUCUUAAUAACUUCGGAAAUAUUUCAUAUGUGGUCGACCUGAGAAAAAAAAAGAACCUGGUGACAAUGGAAUCCUGAAUAGUUUAUCUUUCGUAUAGGUCGAAAAUGGAAGGGAUACUAGAAAAACCAUCUAGAAUUCCGGGUAAAAAAACUAAGGUAUGGAGCAUUCUGGAUGAAUCUACUCUUUCUUUCUUCAGAGAAAACAAGAGAUCCUCCUGUAUAGGUUCUAUAGACCUUUCAGAUAUACAACUAGUCAGAAUAACCAGUAACUGCCAGUUUGAAAUUAAAACAGAAAAGAAUUCACAAGUAUAUACUGCAGAAUCCAAUGAGAAAUGCAGUGAAUGGGUGCAAAAAUUGUCAGAAUACUCAAAAUGUACCACAACUAAUAGUGAACCGACGAAGAACACACCAAGAAAGAAUUCCAUAUUUAGCCAUAGGGAAGAAAUAGGCGAGCAUACAGUGGUGGUCAAUGCAGCUAAAAAUAUUUUUGAAAAUAAUACAAACGGGACUGAAAAUAGGAGAGUUGUCUCGGGCGUUCUGUCUAAACCUUCCCAAGAACCAUCGAAACCAACCAGAAAGUCAGAUCCAACUAAACUCCAUCCAUGGUCUACUAUAACGGAAGCAAAAACGCACCUGCAUCAUGUUAGUAUUGAACUAGAUACUGAAAAGAAAACUGAUUCUUUGUCAAAGAAACAUGAGAAUUUGAAAAAUUCUCUAGAAAUUAAAACGAAGAUUACCACAGAUUCAAAGCCGUAUGAAAGUGUACAAAACAGUAGUGGUCAUAAUUUAACAGACACCAAGUUUGGCAGUUUGGAACCCGAGGCGAAAGGGACACCUUCGCCGAAAUCUUUGAUGGAUAGCGUUGAUGGUAAAAUAACAACAGACAUUACUGAAGAAAAUAAUGAAAAUAUUUUAGAAGAGAAAAGUACAAACGAAGAUUCGACAAGUACUGUUUCAAAAAUGCCAGAAAUUGCGUCCGCAAGUGAUAAUCCGAGCGUUUUAAAAACUGAGAACUCCGAAAACAAACGGGAUUCUGGUUACAGCACAACCGUUGGUGAGGGAGACCGAAAUAGUCAUGAAAACAAAGUCGACGAGACUGUUUCUUCUGAAACUAAACGAGAAACCGAACAAACCAAAAAUGGCAAUUCAACUGUCACUGUUGAAGAGACAAACAACAACCAAAAUGAUGUAAACACUUCUGAUAAAACGAAGGAGCAUCAAGAUGGUGAUGAAGAACCAAUAGAGACUAGGGUUAUCAUGCGCAAGUCUAGGUCGGUUGUUAGUGUCAGUCAUGAUGACAUUAUUUCCGUUGUCGAUAUUGAUAAUCAAGAAUGUAAAAGUCAAGGUAGAGGAAGAACUUGUAAAACAACACAAGAGCAAAAUCCUAGCGAAAAUAUUGACAUGAAAUACAAACCGUCCAUAGAUACUGUCGAAAAUUCUAAAACCAACACUAAUACCAAUACACUGCCGAACUUUCAGAACAAGAAGGAAGUAAGCGAGAUGAACAGUGCAAGUGAAGACGCCGUGGAUGGAGCAAUUGGAUGCACAGUUGAACCUGUUCCUUUGCGACAUGAAAUCGUCGAAAAUUACAUAGAUAUUGAUAAAAUAAUUUGUCAGGGAAAUUUUCCAAAUGUUCCAGUUUUGCCCAAUAAUGCUCCAAAUAGACAUGAUCUUGUGUCUUUUCACGAACUUAAAGAUUUAUUGGAAAGUCACGACGAAUCCAGUGAUGAACAUUCGGAUAUCGAUGAUUCCAUAACUAAUGCCGAGGAUCCUAUUCAAAGACUCUUACGAAUGGUUGAGGUCUGACGGGUUUAUGUUAGACGGGAGACUUCAGUUGAAUGCUCUUAGCAUGGUGGUCUCAUAUUUGGGUGCUUUUUUUUUAAAUGCAAGCAAUAUAAAGAACUGUUCAUUUACAUUUCAAGACAUGAAAAAAAACUGCAAUUUUCUUUAUUCUAACUUUUAUUUGAUAUUUCAAGUUGUUCAUUAUAUGUUGAUAGCAAUACCAGUAUAUAGUCUCUUAGUUUAUAUAUGGACAUGUCAAUCUGAAAAAGAGACGUUCGAAAAAGCAAACUGAACGUUACUCUGUUUACGUAUCUUUGUAAUGUUUGAUAGUAAUGGAUGUCUUUCUCUUACUAUAUAUGUAUAUAAUAAAAACAUCAGCAAGAUAGUUGUAUGUUACGCUGUUAGUCAGGAAAUUACUGCUCACUAGUACGCAUGCAGUUUCAAAACUUGAACAAUUAUGAAUGUGCAACAGUUUGCAUUUACUAAAAUUUUAACAAUGCCAAGGCCAAGUAUAUCUGUCAUUUCUUUAUUUUGUAAAGCCUGGCAGUGUUUCUGCUUAGUGCUGCUUAUAGUUCUCAAAUUAUCAUUUAUAAACUUGUCCGUCCAUCUUAGUGAAAUCAGUAAAUUUCCGUAAACAAGAACAUUUUGCAAGAGUUUACAGUUCCAUAAGAGUAGUUAUUCUAUCUUAUGCCUGUUCAUGAAUUCUAGGCAUUUUUUUUUUUAUUGUUGUAAAUAAAAUUCAUCCAUUGAGGUAUGACUCGUAACCGCUUCUGCAGAACAGACAACAAAAUGAAACUGAAUUGGUAAACGAACAAGCAAACAAAUAAUUCAAGUUUUACAAUUUGUGUACAGCACCGUAUAAACGGUUAAAAAGUAAGACAACAAAAAUACCGAACUCCAAGGAAAAUUCAAAAUGGAAAGUCCCUUAACAAUUAAAGAUAUUGUAGAUUAUGGAUAUACAUGUAAUUAUAUGAUCAAGUUUUGAGAUAUUUUGAUUUUCUGCUUAUUGUACCAUUUUAACAACCAAUCAUAUAGUAUACUUUUUUGUCAUGGUUAUAUGAAUGUACAUAUUCUCUGUAUAACAUAUUCCAACCAAUAAUAAAAUAUAGUAUAUAUAAACCAAUAAAUUAUUAGACUAUU